UGAGAGCCGGGAACUCUCUUAUUGAUGACAAAUCCUUCCCAUAUCUGUUCCCUGUGUCCCUCAUUUGUCACUGGGACUGAGGGGGAUGACGAUGACUCUUUGUGCAGAUAUAGACUGUUACUGAACAGAAUGAAAAUAGACACACACAAGGGUAUAUAAAUGUGGGGCAGAGCCCAGUCUGGCAGAGUCAAACACACUCAGGAUCAGAAGGAGAAACCACAGCUCUAAACCCAGACAGAAAGAUGGUGGGAAAGACCGAGACCCUCAGGACCAUGGGGAACGUGGCCGAGCUGAGCUGCCGGGUGCAAGAAGACAACACGGCCAGGAGGGAGGGCUUCUCUGCAGAAUGGAUAGACACCUCCAUAUUCAGCCGACCAGAGGAAAGCUGCAAUGCCCGCGAUGCCAACGUGUGGAAAAGAGAGAGUUUCCACCAACAGGGACAGACCCGCUUCUUGGUCCAACAGUCUCCUGCCCAGGUCAUGAAAAUGGGGCGUCUUGGCCAAAAACUAACCCAGUACCAGCUGCCCUACCAGAGAAUGUUGCCUCUACCUAUCUUCAAGCCAGCAGAUCUCAACAGCAAGAUGGAUCGCAUGGCCACCCCACCCCAGCUGCGCAGCAUGAUGGAGUUCGAAAGGGGGCUUAGCCACCCAGGCAAUGAUGGAGUGUGCCCCGAUAAAAAGUCUCUCUCCCAGAUCACUAAAGAGUUGCCACCAGUCAUGCAACCAGCGAGAAUGGAGAUUAUGAAGCCUGGCAUGGCCCAGUCUUUUACAAGGUCUAUGUCUCAAGAGGUCAUGAGAGGCUAGAGGAGAGGGAAGGUCUAGAGGAGCAUGAAAGGUGUAGAGCAAGUGCCAAAUCCUGUCUGCUACUCAUAGAUGGCCAGGUUAGAGUGCAGUGUGUGUCUGCAUAGUGUCUGCUCUAGAAUGCCCCAAUUUGUAUAGCUGGAAAUGGCCAACUGGAGACAACCUCUUCGUUGUAUUUGUAAACUGGAUAGAAUAUUCCAGCUUGAAAUUAUUUGCAGAAAUAUAUAUGUAUCUUAUCUGUUGGGAAUUAUAUAUGGAAUGGAAGGUGGCAUAUGAGUAGGUACAGGAGCUCUUAGUCCUUUAGACCAUAGAGUUUUAGAGUAAGAAGGUAGAAAGGUUGUCAUUCCACUGCUUCCACCCAUGCACCCCAAGCCUUGUUUGGCUGAAAUACGGCCUUCAAUGGGAGACAGGGUAACAUGGCUGAAUUCCCUUUUUACUAAGCAAGAAUGGGUUACUUGUUGCCCUGGGUUUUAGUGCCAUGGUUGGUGUUGGCCACUUUAAGGAAGGUUGGAGACCUGGUUAAGCAUUUUCUGACUUGACCGAGCAAAACCACUUAAUGCACUUUAGAUGCCAAUACGCAAGGAAUCCAGGGCACUUUGCAGAGAGAUUGCAGGUGAAUAGGAAUGAAGAGGGACAUAGUUUGUAUAAAGCACCACGGAUGGUCACUGUAGGAAUCAGAUCCCUCAAACAUAAUGGUAUGGGCCACACUAUGUAUUCCCAACCUCUCCUACAUGAAAUCCUGGUGACUGAACUACCUGGAACUGGCAAGUGUUGAGCUAUGAGGCAUUUACACACCUCGAGUGAUGGGACAGUGGGAAAUGCGUUAGGUGAAACUGCAGAAUGCAGAUCCCUCCGCCCUUAAAGGGGCAGUUUUGUAUGUAAACAGAUAUUUAUAUUUGUACCUACGUUUGUCUUGGUACUAAUUAUGUUCUAAUGUUAUUUUCUUAGGUCUAAUAAAAAAAACUUUGUUUCAAUAAAA